CCAUGGCAAUCUAUCUGCCCUCACCAUUGACGAUUCUAUCAUCGCUCACCCAAAUAUCUACCUAAACUCAGCCAUGGAGGUCCACGGUAUUGGCGCCAUUCUUGAUUACACUAUCAAUGGUGGUGACUUCUUCGCACCACCGGUGGUUCUGCCAUUUUUUCCGACCGGGAAAAUCAUAGGUAGCCGGAGGUCUGAUGCAGCAUGCAUGUGCACUGAGUUUCUAAUGAUUUUCUCGAUUGUUUGUGCUGUUUUUGCAUUCAAGAUUCUUAGAAACCCUCUUGCUCGUUGA